CCCCUCUAAACUUGCUUCCACAAGCUCUAGCAUGUGCCCAGCACUUUCUUGCUGAAAAACAAGGUGAGAUCUAGUUCUUUUUCUCCCUCCUAAGUUUGAUUUAGUGAUUUAUGAGCUCGUGAUUCUCAAAAUGAUGAUUCAAAACCAGAUUUAGCUGCUGAUAUUCCCCCAAUAUUUCUUGUUCAUGUGGGUUCUUGUGUAGUGUAAGGGGAGAUCUCCAUCUUUCCAGCGCAUUUUGGUUCUAAAUUACCUCAAGCACCUUGCCUUCUUGAAUUCCUUGCUUGUUGUUAACCUACAAGACGAGGUAAGUAAAUUUGUGGUAAUGCCCUUGGAUUUCAAAGUAAAAGCUUUAAAAGCAUAUUAUAAACUGUUUUUGAGAUAGUGUCAGGAUUUAAACUAAUUUUUAGCAUAUGAGGAUGAUUGAUUUAAAAUAAAAUUGUUAAUAUGUUUAUUAAGUUGAGCAUGCCUAUUGGGAUUUUAUUGGAUUGUUUUGAUAAUCUGAAAAUUGGUUGUAAAUUAUGGAUUUUCUUGUAACACCUGCAUGGUUUUGUCUCCAAUAUGGUCAUGAAUUCUAUUAUCCUGCCAGUGAGAGUUAAACACUGGCACAUGUCGACAUAUAUUUCUAUAGAGCCAGUUCAUCCAACCAGUGGGAGAGUAUAUUGACAUUUUCUACUAUCCAGCCAAUGGGAGAAUACAUUGGUAUAUUUGUUAUCUAGCUAAUUAAGAGAACACACUGGCCAUGACUAAUUAAGGGGACUACUAAAUAGAUUCUAGUAUGCAUAAAUGAUUUAUAACUGUGAUUUUCUUCCUAUUUGAAAUUAAAAUGUUUACUUAGCGUGUUUUAAAAUUUUGGUGAGGGCUAUCCAUAUUUUACUCACUGAGUUGUCUCACUAGUUUUUUCAUAUCCACCAUUUCAGGUAGUAUAACCCGAGACGCAGGAAACCAAUGGGAGUGAUGAGCUAAAAGGCUAGUUACUUGUAUUAUGGGCAUAGACUUUUUUUGAGAUAUAGAUCAUUCUUUUGUAACCCAGAUUUAUUUUGAGUUAUUGAUCUAAGUUUAUAUGAAUUGUUAGUUAUGAAUUUUAACAAGUUCCGAGUCUUGUACAUUUGUGAGAUCCUUUAACAAGUGUACAGUAUCUAUUUUGCCCCCGAAUUUGGGUUUU